UGCGUAGCACGUGAUCCGGAAUGGAUGGAAUCUGUCAAAUGGACGGCGGUAUCGCUUGCAUCCCUUUCCUAAGGCAAAAACCGGAAAGCCAUGAUGUGCACAGAGAGCGAUCCUGGACUUUCGACAACGAAACGACCCAUUCUCCACUCACCCUUUCACAACCAACCACAUAACUUUCUUCAGUCCACAGAAACCCAGUCAUGAAGAUUAUCGCUAUCCUUUACAAGGGCGGUGAGGCUGCUAAGAGCGAGCCCCGUCUCCUCGGUACUGUGGAGAACCAGCUCGGUAUUCGCAAGUGGCUUGAGUCCCAAGGCCACGAGUUCAUCGUAUCCGACUCCAAGGAGGGCCCUGACAGCGACUUCCAGAAGCACAUCGUUGAUGCUGAGAUCUUGAUCACGACCCCGUUCCACCCCGGGUACCUCACUGCAGAAUUGGUCCAGAAGGCCAAGAAUCUUAAGCUCUGUGUCACCGCUGGUGUCGGCUCUGACCACAUUGAUCUCAACGCCGCUGUCAAACGUGGUAUUCAGGUCCUGGAGGUCUCGGGCUCCAAUGUCGUUUCCGUCGCUGAGCAUGUUGUGAUGUCUAUCCUCCUGCUCGUCAGGAACUUUGUUCCAGCACACGAGAUGAUCGAGCGUGGAGACUGGAUGGUCUCUGAUAUUGCUCGCAACGCUUUCGAUCUCGAGGGCAAAGUCGUUGGCACUAUUGGUGCUGGUCGUAUCGGUUACCGCGUCCUCCAGCGUUUGAUGCCCUUCGACUGCAAGGAGCUCAUCUACUACGACUAUGCUCCCCUGCCUGAAGCGGCUGCUAAGGCCAUCAAUGCUCGUCGCGUCGAGGACCUCAAGGAGUUCGUCUCGCAGUGCGAUGUUGUCACUGUCAACUGCCCUCUGCAUGAGGGUACAAUUGGCCUUGUCAACGCUGACCUUCUCAAGCACUUCAAGAAGGGUGCAUGGCUCGUCAACACCGCUCGUGGUGCCAUUUGUGACAAGGAUGCCGUAGCUGCUGCUCUUGCAAGUGGUCACCUGAACGGUUACGCUGGCGACGUUUGGAACGUCCAGCCCGCACCCAAAGACCACGUCUUGCGCACGGCUAAGAACGUCCUUGGCGGUGGUAACGGCAUGGUACCCCACUAUUCUGGUACCACUCUUGAUGCUCAGGCUCGUUACGCAAACGGCACCAAGAGCAUCAUCGAGAACUACCUCUCUGGCAAGCCCCAGGAGCCUCAAAACAUCAUUGUUGGUAUUGGCAAGUUCGAGACCAAGGCUUACGGUCAGCGUUGAAGUGCAGAUGCGUCUGCCUGAUAUCCUUGAUAUCAUCAUUAACAUGUAUACAAAACAUAUAUGCAUCUGUAUGUCUAUGGGAAGCACAUUGAAGGAGGAUGUACAUUAUUGAUAGUAGAAAAUAAUACAAUGAAACCUACUUGCUGGAGACUGGCUGGUACAUAUCUGAGACAGAUACAGAGCAAGCUUUUUAUGUAAACAAUUGCAUAUCAUACAACUUUGAUAC